AGGUGCGUGACGUCAUCGCGGGUUUAUAGGCAGAGAUCCUCCUCGUCAUCGCACAGCUCAGAUGUUUUGGGCAGAGAGAGACAUGAGCGCGCAGAGACUCGCUUCUUGCUUCUUGCUUCUGGGUUUGAUCUGGUUCACGAGCUGCGCGCCGCCGACCUGUUACUCGCGCGCUCUGGAGCUCAGCAAAGAAAUCAUGAGGGAUCUGGACAAAGUACAUAAACAUGAUCGCACGAAAACAUGCGCCGAGUCUCUGCCGAAGAUGUUUCUGGACGUGCACAACUCCUGCAUCCGCUCGAAGCUGCGUGAUUUCUUGUAUGUGACUGAGAAUCUUCCGACUGAAUCCUGCCGGGAGCGUCCUCUCCUCCGUCUCCUGAAGCGCCGCGUCCGGACCCUGCUCUCCAUCAUCACCCGCGCCUGCUAUCGGGAUCUGGUGUUUUACACAGAUGACUGUGAGGCUCUGGAAACAGGAAACAUCAGUCCUCGAUACUCCGAGGAUCGGCUGGAACACGUGACAGAGGACGCCUGAGAGAAACAACUACAGCUCCAACACUCGCCCUGAUAUUACACCCAAACAUGUUCAACAAGCACUCAUACAGACAGGGAGUGUGUGUGUGUGUGUGUGUGUGAGAGAGAGAGAGAGAGAGUGUGUGUGUGUGUGUGUGUGAGAGAGAGAGAGAGAGAGAGAGAGAGAGAGAG